AUGACGCUCGAGGAUUACGAUAUGUUCAAGCAAUACCACUGGAAAUCUUCCUUCUACUUCCGUGACGGCAACAUGUUUGUGCAGCACGAUGUCGUCAUGCAAUGGUCCUCCAUUUCCGGAAGCAGACCAGGCAAAUGCGGCGAUACAUUCGAGAGCGAUAUCCCAAAGUACGUCUCUGUCGACGACACGCCGAAAACUGUUUGUUGGGAGGACAUUGAGCUCUUUUUCCUCCGAGAUCCGCAAAGUUCCAGAGACGUCCUGUGCGCGAUCAUCAACUUCAGGAAGACCGGAAGGAAGGCCGGAAGGACCGGACGGUUCUUCAUGCACUGGGAUUCCCAGCUGGCAUACUGCCCGAUCCUACGUAUUGUUGCUCUGGCGUUUCGCGAUAAUGCGUUUGAAAACGAGAGGUUAACGCCGAACCUUCUCUGGCGGCUUCGAGUCCCUUCACGUCUGCCAAAUCGGCCAAUCCCAUGGAAAAAGGAGAUCCAAGGAUUCGCACCCAUGUCUCUACCGGGAGCAUACCGAGCUCGGCAAGCGGCUGCAGAGGAUGAAAACCAUGAAGAAGGAUUACUGUACUAUGAGACGAUGCUAGCCAUGGAGAUCGACAAGUAG